AUGGAGCCGAACGAAGAUAGUUUUCUCAGAUUCUGUCGUUUCAUUCGGUAUUUCCAAUGCGCAAAGGUCCCUUGCGACCUUUUGAUUCGCGCAUGCGAGCCAAAGUUAACUUGGACCUCGAAUGGAGAGAUAGUUCAGAAGCUACCGCUGGAGGCUGGGGUUCCAGAAUGGCUUAUGGUUCUCUACAACACCAAUAAACCGUUCUUACAUCAUCCGACCCAUGGAUCACAUAUUGCAGGCGUGGAAAUCAUACUCCAGAACGGUGUUCCAUACUUUGAUGUAGCGACAGCAAACCAGCCCGAACUUGAGCUCAAUCAGCUUCCGUCAAUCGACAAUGAAGGCUCCAUGGCCGGAGAGCUUCUUGCUGUCUUCCUACAAGCAUUUCCUUCUAUCAAUAUUGAGAUAAUUGGAGAAGAGAUUGUCGACAGGUUGAUGGAUAUCGCCAUGAGAUCUAUCCUGCCCUUGCUCUCAUGCCUCACCGAUGCAGAUAUAAAAGACUGGCUGCUGCCGAUAGACCAAGAGGAGUUGGAGUCAUGCCUAUUUUCUCUCUUCGAGUUCCUGUAUCAGGCUAUUGCUAUGUUAGGCGUUGAACACCCUCUACUGCCGUUGUCGUUACCAGAGCGAUUAUUGAAUAUCGUCCCCGACGGUACGGGAAAUGACACUAUAGUGGUCCUUCGGAGGAUUGCAGACAUCUUGAAACAAUUCAAAGAGACUGGCCAAGAUGUACUGGAAUACAAACCAUUGUCCUCUGGAACGAAGACUGAUGAGAGAAGUCACUCCAUACUGGGAUAUUUCUUAUCACUCCCAAAUAUGCAUUCCGCUGGAGCCCUGACUACUUGGCAACCUUUAGUCCCCAAAAGUCCAUCUCAGAUGGAGUACUUGGCAGCGGUCAGCUUCUGCGAGCAGUCGCGCCUAGCUGUGCUUGAGAGACCUGCGUUUCUUACAUUGGACGUCAGGGUAUUGGAAGGCCUCCUGCGCUCACGACGAAAGCAAUACGACCAAGCGUCGAAGGUUUUGGACACGACUAUGGUCGAAGUUAUCUCCCAGUACGGAUCAUGUUCCAUGCAACUCGGAAUAGUCACGGCUGAGCUCGCUAAUUGCUACAAUGUCCUCCGGCGAGAGGCACUGGCUGAGUUAACUUUGACCAAAAGCCUCGAAUUGCUACUGGAUUCAGAUCUCUCCAACCGACGCGAUGUGAUCUACCUCAGAUUCGCCCUGGCCGACUCCCUUAUAGGACAAGCUAAAUACCAGGAUGCGGUGCCAAUCCUCCAGGGCAUCAUAGAUGACCCUGAUGUUUCAGCAACAUUUCGUAUGAUGAGUGCACUUCGUCUGACAAGGUCAAAGCGUAGAAUGCAUGAAGAUGCACGCAAGGCCUUUCAACAGAAGAGCCCAUUGUGGAUAGGCUUUUCACUGCUUGACAAUGUACCAGACGUUCUUGUGAUGGAAUAUGUCGAAGAACUAGGCUGCAGCAUUUCAGAGUUGCCGAAACGGAAGCUGGAGGACUCGAAAAACACACAGGAACUCAUUGAAGCAGUCAACUCCGCGUUGAGUACAUCAAGCUCUGUCACAAACAACCCGUGCUGGGAGUGGUAUACAAAAUGUCAAGAAGAAUAUUCAGGGCAGAUCACAGAAGCCACAAAAGAAAAUAAGGGUAAAGGAGUGGACGAGGUUCUAGGAAACGAACUUCCUCCUCAAUCCGUCGAUGACAUGUCCGUUGACGAGGGACCCUGCCUGAACAGCAUCAUGCUAGGAAGUCUACGUAUGUCCGUCGACCAUGCCAUCGAUAGUUUUAUCAAAUUUGGUAACACUGUUUUGGGGCGGCCCAGGCUGUUCCACAGCACAUCACCAUACUUCCCCUCCCGAACCAAAUAUCCAGCCGCCGAUGUCCGCAAGGCUUUCCAGAAUAUCAUCACGGACAGCAUUGAAGGGGUGCCGGGAGUGGCGGACGUUCCAGGAUGGGGUUUAAGUGGCCACAAAGCAAUCUUCCACGAGAAGAGUGGUGGCAUUCGAACUAUUGUCUUUUCUUGUCGCUUAGAAGAUGGAAUACCAUACGCCUGGAAAAGUUACCAUCAUCAGGAGUACACGAGAAUUUGGGAGGUUGCGUGUGCCACUGUUGCCACUCCGGGCUACUUUGAUGCGAUAGAGAUUGACGGUGCCGCAUUCGUAGAUGGAGCUGUUUUUAUGAAUAAUCCUUCAUUCAGGGCCCUUGAGGAAGUCUUGGCCAUUCACACGAAGAUCCCUGCGGUUUUUGUCAACAUCGGAACAGGUACACAGUACAGUGACGGUGCCACUUUUCGUCGCUGGAGAGACAGACUCCAGCAAUCGAACAUACUUUUUGACCGGACUGUCAAACACUUCCAGACCGGGAGCGAAACGAAACGAUGGAUAGAGUUUGCUAGGCAUCAAGGGCUCAAAAAUGCAUAUACACUUAGUGCCGGAAAAGAUCUGCAAGCGAUUCCCCACUACGACUGGCAACCCGCCGACACUGGAAAGAAGACUCUCCAUGAGAUCACAAGGAUCACCGAAGAAUAUCUCCGCUGCGAUGAAGUAAGAGCUACCAUUAGUAUCAUUGCCCACGAGGCCGUUCAAAUUCGACGUGCACGAGCAAUUACAGAAAAGUGGAGAUCCUUUAUACAACCUCCUGCAGUCAAUCCACCUUCAGCACUUAGUUCAGUAGGUUAUGAUGGCACAGUUAAAUGGAAAUAA